UCAAAAUGUCGUCCCAUCGCGACGUCUGCGUUGGUUCUCGGGUGUCUGAUCGUCAAAAGGAGCUUCUGCUGGCUUUUGUGAGAGAGCAUCCACAGAUCGCGACGCUGUCGUGCCCGCUGGAGCCGUCGUUCACGAGGGAGGACCGGGACGACAUGUGGCAGGAGCUGGUAGCGCUUUUGAACGAAGUCCCUGCGCGUAACACCACAGCCUUGCCAAACUCCGAGAGCAGCAGAGAUGGUUCCCCCAGAUCAGAGCCUGCAAGCAUGUGCACUAUCUGGGGACUUCCGUCGCCUGCACCGCCAAGGUUCUUGGUCGGGAACAACUUCCGCGGCUUGCAGGUGAGCCCUGCUCCAGCUGCUGCUGGUGUGGCUGAAGAGGAUGUGGCCCAGGACCUUGCCCGUGCCACAACUCGUAAGUUUCGCUGA